ACUUGUAAUUCACUUACACGAGUUUAGAACCUGUCGCGGUCACGACCGACCGGCCGCGUGUUCUCAUCUCGACCAAACUAAUAACCAAUAGUUUUAUUGUACUAAACUAUGUACUGUAACAUUUUCCGGUGAUAUUUUUCGUACGAACACAAAAAUAAUUAAUAUAUAAAAUCAGGAUGCCGUACAUUAUGGUGAUGGGAAGUCUGAGGAUGCCAAAUCUCACGAAGGAUGAAGGCGCUACUGUGUAUGGACUGAACAGCGAAGAACGGGCUAAGCUAGUAAUGGACCUGAACUCGUCCUUCACCACGGUGAUAGCUUCCUCGUCGGAUCUGGAGAGAGUCGUUCGAGUGACACAAAGGGGCUUCACUUUAGUCGUGGUGAAUCGUAUUCACGCUCUAUUCGGUUACGACGUUGUGUCCCACGCGAUGGCGAUGACCAACGCGAACCGCGAACUCGUCUCAUUCACGAUGUACAAGAAGUCUAGUCACUCACACGGACAUCACUCGCACUCGCACUCGCACAGUUCCACGCACUCGCACGGCUCAACGCACAAGAGUCACACGCACGGAAACGUAGUCACGCUAUGACGACCGAACUAUUCGACGCACAUCACCGUGGGUGACGUCAUCGACGCCAGAGUCGAAAUAUCGAUGUUUUGAUAUCGACGCUUGAAAGGCAAACGUGACUAAGCGACAAUAACUGCUUUGUACAUAAAUGAUAGGCCAUAACCAUAUUCGAUGCGCAAAAAAAUAUAUUUCUAGGUCUAUUAAAAUCAUUUCAAUCCUACAGCUACUUAGAUUCGUUAAAAUAGAAUUUUUUUCAGGUAUUUCAACUUUAAAUUAGUCUACUGUAAAGUUCACGCAUUGUCGCUUAAUCACGUUUGCCUUUCAAGCGUCGAUGUACGCAUUUAUAAAUUGAAGGUGUAUAUUAAAUACUCAUGAUUGUUGAUUUUAAAACGCCCCCCGCGGCGAUUGCAGACGAUUAAUUAAAAUUAAUUUGACUCAACUGAAAUUAUGGAAAUGUUUAAAAUUUCUCAGUAUUAAUUUUCUUGUCUGAUUUUCAAUGACAGGUUUGUAAAUUAAGUAAUAAAUAAAAUCUAUUUGAAUUAAAAAA